AUGGAACCACUCACCAACCAAACCACUUUCUGUGCAAACUGGGAACAUGCAUCAGCAAAUAGUAGGACUCAGUGGUUAUGUUUUGUUUUAGGGACUUUAGCCACAGUAACAAUGUGUGGUAACCUGCUUGUUAUACUUUCUAUUAUUUACUUCAAACAACUCCACACUCCCACAAACUACCUGGUCCUGUCUUUGGCUGUGGCUGAUCUACUUGUGGGGGUUGUGGUUAUACCUUUUAGUACAGCCUUGUUUGCAAACCCGUGCUGGUACCUUCAAGAUGUAGUUUGCUUCCUACGGGGAGUGUUUGAUAUUGCACUGUGCUCUGCUUCAAUCUUGAACUUAUGCUUUAUCUCCAUUGACCGAUAUUAUGCUGUUUGCCAACCUUUAAACUAUCGAACCAAAAUUAAUGUUCCUGUUACUGCAAUCAUGAUUUUGAUCACAUGGACCGUUUCGAUUGUCUGUGGGACGGUCAUAACGCUCGGUGGGCGAAAGAUCGAAUCAAGAUGUGCUUUUGUCCAGGGUUUAAAGUUAGGAGCUGUUGCUGCUGUCGUAGCAUUUUACAUCCCCGCGAUUAUAAUGAUCACAAUUUAUUUGAAGAUUUUCCACGUGGCUCAAAAACAGGCACGAAGCAUCCAUAGCACGCACACAGGAGAGGCGGUGAGUAAAAUGGAGAAAAAGGCGACUCGCACUCUUGCUAUAGUAAUGGGAGUGUUUUUUCUUUGCUGGUCGCCGAUAGCAUUAUUUGGCACAUUUUUAUCUUUAAAUAAUUUCAAAGUUCCUCUAAUUGCUAUGGAGAUUUUUAAAUGGUUUGGAUGGUCCAACUCAAUGCUCAACCCGUUCAUCUAUGCUUACUUUUACAGCUGGUUCAGGUGUGCUUUCAGAAUUAUACUUUCUGGAAAGAUAUUUAAGGGAAAAUAUACCAAUGCUAAACUGUACUGA